GACCGCUACCGCACCUUGUUGCCAGCUGGCUCCUCCUUCGCUUACAAGGACAGGUCCGAACCCGCGCAGAAGAUGGUUGACGGCGCAUGCUCGAGUAGAGAAUGGAAGAUUUCGAGAAGAAGGUUACCCUUUCAGACGCCAUGGACGUCGAGUCUUCCUCCGAUUCCUCCAAAAUCCUCCACUUGCUCCGCAGAUUUCUUGCAGUUCAGCAGCGGAGAGCCGAAGCUUAUGCAAAACUGCGAAGGGGGUUUGCUGAGUAUAUGGUUACAGGAGGGGAUUCUGCUUACCAACAACUCUGCAGUGAGAUUACUGUGGAGUUCAAUGAUUGCUCAAAACAGGUCCUUGAAAUGGAAUCUCUAUUUCUGAAACCUGAUUGCUGCCGGGAUGAUCUAGCUCACUUGCUCAGAGCUGUUCAAGCACAGGAAAAGGAGAAAUUACAUUUGACGGCAACUAUUCAGGUAUUGAAGAAGGCAGGGCGCCCAUCUGAACGGCUGGUGAGCCAUGAGAAUUGCAGGUUUAAGAACCCAACGGAGCAUGAGUGUGUGCAUGUUCGUGAGAUAACAGAGGCUGCUGGAACUGAAGAGGCAGAGACAGACGCAGAGUACGAUAAUGCUCUCAAAGAAGCCAUCAGAGGCGUGCAGGAUGCUGUGACAACCAUAAAUGAACAUUUAGAAGAAGUCAGAUACGAGAUUGCUGCCCUUGAAGCUGAAUGACUCCACAAAAUUUUCUUUAAUUAAAGAUUGUUUGGCAAGAGAGCACCGACAUCUGCAGUCUGUAUUGGUCUAACAAUGAAUGUGGGGUUUGUAGAAAUUGAUCUUUAGCAGCUUGGUGUUGUCAUUUUGCAUUUGGCUAUUGUUCAGCCAGUGAAAUGUGCAUAGUUCCUCCUGUUGUCAGUUUUUCUUCUUUCUGGUGGAUGGUCGUGUGGAUACAUCAAGCUGUUUGUUGUGUAGCCCGAACCACCCCGCUUGCCAUGCCACUGCAGGAUAGCCGUACAGUGGGCAAACCUCAGCAACUUUUCGUAUAGGAGUGAAAGUUUGAUGUUCGAGGACAACCAGGUAUCAAUCCUAUUCAUUGAUUUUGAGAUUA